ACAUAUGGAAGCUGAAAAAGGUUCGAAUCUACUAAAAAAAAUGAUUCAGUUCAAGUAGGAGAUUAGUUCAAUUGCUGAUUCCGAGCAAUUCGCCUUUGCGGUUCGGAGAUCGCCAUUUGUCGGUUGCUUUUGUAAAUCCGGCCUUUUCAACGCGUAGAUGAGCAGGAGUCUGUGUUGGAAAUCCCAAGAUUGAAGCAUUUGGAGCCUUGUGCACGCUCUACGGAAAGAAAAUGGGUUGAAAGCUGUCUGGAGAAAUUUGAUUCGUUGGAGCCACGAUUUCGCUUUUUUUGCUUCGUCCUUUUAUCUUUGUUUUUUUGCCCGGGGGUCGUGGACUCGAUUCUUUAUCGGAAUGGAUCAGUACGAGAUCAUGGAGCAGAUCGGUCGCGGCGCUUUUGGGGCCGCCAUUCUUGUCCAUCACAAGGCCGAGAGGAAGAAGUACGUCUUGAAGAAGAUCCGGCUUGCGAGGCAGACCGAGCGGUGUAGAAGAUCUGCUCAUCAAGAGAUGGCUCUAAUUGCGCGAAUUCAAUAUCCUUACAUCGUCGAAUUUAAGGAGGCGUGGGUCGAGAAGGGUUGCUAUGUUUGCAUUAUCACCGGAUAUUGUGAAGGUGGAGACAUGGCAGAAUUGAUGAAAAAGUCCAAUGGGGUUUAUUUUCCAGAAGAGAAACUCUGCAAGUGGUUCACGCAGCUACUACUUGCAGUUGAAUAUCUACAUUCAAAUUUCGUUCUACACCGUGAUCUAAAAUGUUCCAACAUUUUUCUAACAAAAGAUCAGGAUGUUCGUCUUGGUGAUUUUGGACUUGCUAAAACUCUAAACGCAGAUGACUUGGCCUCUUCGGUGGUUGGAACUCCCAAUUACAUGUGCCCUGAACUGCUUGCAGAUAUUCCGUAUGGAUUUAAAUCUGAUAUUUGGUCUUUAGGGUGCUGCAUGUAUGAGAUGGGUGCUCAUCGUCCCGCUUUCAAAGCAUUUGAUAUGGCUGGAUUAAUUAGCAAGAUAAAUCGAUCUUCUAUCGGCCCUUUGCCUUCCUGUUAUUCACCAUCCCUGAAAACACUCAUCAAAAGCAUGCUAAGAAAAAACCCUGAGCACCGGCCCAGUGCAUCUGAGAUUCUGAAGCACCCAUAUUUGCAGCCUUAUGUCGAUCAAUACCGUCCAUCAUUCACUCCAACGGAAUGUUCCCCAGAGAAGUCUAUUUCUGUCGCUCAUAAUUCUCGGAGAAAUAUGGCUGAAAGCCAAAACAGUACUAGUUCUAGUAGUGACAUAGAUAGUUUGCUUUCAAGUGAAAAAAACACGCUGGCGAUGGUCUCAAGUAGCAAAGGUGACACUGAUUUGGCUUCUAGUGAUGGUGAAGAUGGCUCUGAGAAGGUCCUGCUUGGUGCAGAAGAAAAUCUGCUCAACUUGUGCGCAGUCAAAAUGAAUGAGAGAGAAGUGAUGAAACCUGUUCAUCAUGAACGUGUAUCCAGUAAUGAAUUGAGGAAACCAAAAAGCAUUAAAAAUAUAAUGAUGACUUUAAAAGAAGGGAAAAUCAGAGAAAAUCGUUCUCCAAUGAGGGUCAAUCGAACAAAGGCUGGAGGUGCACUGACCCAAAGAACAAACAUGGAAGCAUUGCCUAAACUGCCCAAACCUAGUACUAUUGCUUUUGGUUUCAAGCCUAAUGCAGACACACCUACUGUUGCACAAGCAAAAGCAUCCUUUGAUUCUGCCAAGCGGAUUCAGGGAUCACAUCCUUUAAAGCACCAGUUGCCUGUAAUCGAAUCCUCACCUAAAACUAAACCCAGACAUGAUGUGACUCCUCCAUCUGGUCCCAUAAAACUGGCUGUCGAAGAUCGACCUCCUGCUAAGCCAAGGCAAAGAACCCCUCCUAAUGUGGUCAGACGAUCAUCCUUUCCAGGACGGAUGAAGCAAGUGAGGCUUGAUGAUCCAAAUGCAGUAAGCAGUAACAUCAAGUUUGGUGCAAGUGAGAUGCCGCAGGAAGCUGAAAAGACUCCUCUUCAAGAACCUAACAGUUGCCUAACACAUGUUUCUAGGCAGGUCAUACAGCCUCAGAAAGCUCAAGAGACAGCUUCAAAAGGAAUGCAAACAGAUAGUAGCAAUUCUGUCUUAUCUUCAGUGUCGGUUCAAGGAUUUGAGCUUUGUGAUGAUGCUGCAACUUCUUUUAUAGACAUGAGAGGACAGAUACUUCCUGAUGAUGAGUGCGUCACUCAUACUGACCGGACAGAAUCAUAUAUACCCAACAGCUCUAAAGCUAUCCAGUCUCAUUUCGAGAUAUCUGAUAAUAUGGCUGGGGAAAACCAUGAACGUGAUAGUAAUCCUGUAAUGUGCUCAGUCCAAACCUCCAGGGAGAUACUUGAUCUUCAAAAUACCACCACUGUUGAUGAGAAAGUGAGUUCAAGUGUGUUUCAAGAACUCCCAGCCAUGAGCUCUGAAGAAAUCUUUGUUUGUAGCGAUGAUACCUCUUUAAGCAGGCCAAGUAGUAGGCCUGACACAAUGAUCCAAUCAAACUUUAAAUCUGCAUCCAGUGGUGAUGACAAGUUCACUGUAAGGGAACUUCUAUCAUCGGGUGCAGAUACUACCACUUCCAUUGUAUCUCCCGUUUCAUCUAGCCAAAAGAGUUUGCAGCCUGAUACUACCACUCCCAAUUCAUCUCUCAUUUUGCCAAAUCCAACAGUUGAAAAACCAGGUGCCACCCAUCUCCCCCCAACAUUUGAUGACAUCAUACAUGUUAUUCGGCAUAGUAGUUUCCGUGUUGCAACUGAACAGCCAGUAUUUGAAACCAUAGAAAUGGGGGUGCAGAAUUUGGACGUUGGUAAGCUGAUAAAUGUAGUGAGGGACGAAAUAGAGAUGAGAAACGUUACUGCUUCUGCAAAUCUUAAAUUAUCAAGUGGCUCUGAAACCUUGAGUUUAAAAUCAAGUGUUUCUGAUCAAUCAGGUCUCAAGGAAAAGGAUGCAAAAGAGCUUGGCCCUUCUGUUCCAAAAUGUGAUACCUCAGAGCCAACAAAGCCCAACCCUCAUGUGACUGAAGAGGAACCACCAACAAAGGAAACCUUGGAUGUUAAAUCUUUUAGGCAGAGGGCAGAUGCACUUGAAGGGCUACUAGAGUUGUCUGCAGAGUUGCUCCAGCAAAGUAGAUUGGAGGAGCUUGCAGUUGUUUUAAAGCCUUUCGGGAAAGAAAAGGUCUCCCCUAGGGAGACAGCUAUUUGGUUAGCAAGGAGUCUUAGAGGAAUGAUAAUUGAAGACAUUGGACGGAUUUCAUGAAAGCAUCAUAUCUUAGAGAAUAGAGAGCUUUCUCGUUCAGGAAAUUUUGCCACGCGGUCACAGGAACCUCCUGCGUAUUUUCUCCGCGAAGCUGAUUGACCACAGACGUUUCGAUGAUCGCAUUUACGCGUCCUGGAAACACUGUUAUUUAAGAGCCUCAAAUUCACCCACCUUUCAUUCUCCUCAUCACUACCAUCAUAUCCCAAAUAAGAACUAUGUAUUAAAUUUGAGCAAAGAGAGCUAGCUAGCUCGCAACCAACCUACGAUAUGGAGUUUUCCUACACUCCUUCGACUGCCAACUCCAUUUCUAGCUCCACCGCCCAAUCCCAACAUCCGUACCAUCACUCCCUCCACACAUCACUGCCCACCGACGGUGUCGUCAAGUGUUCUGCUGUUCGCCGCGUGAUAUUGGUCCUGGUUUCUAUGUUGAUCAUAUUCAGCUCUAUCAUCUCAAUAGCAUGGAUUAUCCUCAAACCCAAAACUCCCCUUUUCAAAGUUGACUCCCUCAACGUCUCCAACUUUGCUGUCUCUGAAUCACAGAUAAGGGGAAGGUUUGCCAUCGUAAUCCUCAUGACUAAUCCCAACAAGAAAAUGAACUUGCACUUCGACAAUUUCGAUGCAUCUGUGUCUUACCAGAGAACCCGUCUUUCUAAGACUUCGGUGAAACCUCUCUCUUUGGAGAAGAUGGAACGAACAAGCUUAACUGCCGAGCUAAAACCCGAUUUACAUCGCUGUCUGAAGAGAAAGGAGUUGAAGGACUUGGGCGGGAAGUUAAGGCGUGGGUGGGUUGACUUUGACGUGAACAUGUGGGUUUUAACAACGUUUAGAGCUGGAAAUUGGCUUCGCAUGGAAAGAUCAAUGGCUGUUCAUUGCAAGUACCUCAAGGUUAUCUUCUCAUCCUCUUCUAAAUCAACUGGAAUGCUCGAAGAUCAAAUCACAGAAAAUUGCGUGGUUGUUUAUUCCUAAGACUAGCUUUAGAGUGUUUGGAUGAUGAGAUGAGUUGAGAUAGUUUGUGAAUAGUAGUGAGAUUAUUAAUUGAAAUUAAAUGAGAUGAGAUAGUUUCAUUUUACCUCUGUAUCCAAACAGGCCUAAUUGCCUUUUUUUUUAGUUGGUUGUAAGUUGUUUUCUUGUCUCUUAUUGUUUUAAGUUGAA